CUGUAGCUCAAAAUUUUGUUUAAAAAAAAACAAAAGGGAUUCUUUUUUCAUGGAAAAGAUUAAAAAUUUAAUCUUCUCUUGGAUUCUCUUUGUAUCUUUCCCAAAAAACCACUGGAAUUUCAAAGCUCAUUGGAGUCCAUUUUUUCAAUUUUUUUAUACUUUUUUUAUAUACAUAUAAUUAAUAGCUCUUCGCUUCUUGUAAGUAAUUAUGCUCUUCUUGCUUAAUGAUCAAAGGUAAUUGAACCCAGAAAAUGCCUCUAAUUCAGCGCAAAAAAAUUACUGAACCCAGUAAAAGCUCAGCAUCUGAUUUGAAAACAAGAAGCGAGGAAGAAGAAGACAAUAGUAACAAAAAGAAACACCAAAAGAAGAACCAGAAGAAACCCACCGGCGGAAGACCACAGGAGAAGGCCGGAAGCAAACCGAAAUGGUCUUGCAUAGACGGAUGCUGCUGGUUCGUGGGUUGUAUAUGCAUGGUGUGGUGGUUUCUACUGUUUCUAUACAACGCAAUGCCUGCAUCUUUUCCCCAGUAUGUCACCGAGGCCAUCACGGGUCCUCUGUCAGACCCACCGGGUGUGAAGUUGAGGAAAGAGGCAUUUAAGGCUAAGCAUCCAGUGGUUUUUGUCCCUGGGAUUGUCACAGCGGGCCUUGAGUUGUGGGAAGGGCACCAGUGUGCUGAUGGCUUGUUUCGGAAGCGGCUUUGGGGUGGAACAUUUGGAGAAGUAUAUAAGAGACCUCUCUGUUGGGUAGAGCAUAUGUCACUAGACAAUGAAACUGGAUUGGAUCCUCCAGGCAUAAGGGUUAGACCUGUCUCUGGACUUGUGGCUGCUGAUUACUUUGCUCCAGGCUAUUUUGUGUGGGCAGUUCUGAUUGCUAACUUGGCACACAUUGGAUAUGAGGAGAAAACAAUGUAUAUGGCCUCAUAUGAUUGGAGACUUUCAUUUCAGAACACUGAGGUCCGUGAUCAAACAUUAAGCCGCAUGAAGACUAAUAUAGAAGUGAUGGUUGCUACCAAUGGUGGGAAUAAAGCCGUUAUUAUUCCACACUCUAUGGGUGUUUUGUACUUUCUGCAUUUCAUGAAGUGGGUUGAGGCACCAGCUCCAUUGGGUGGAGGCGGUGGGCCAGAUUGGUGUGCUAAGCAUAUCAAGGCGGUGAUGAAUAUUGGUGGUCCCUUUUUAGGUGUUCCAAAAGCUGUUGCAGGGCUUUUCUCUGCUGAAGCUAGGGAUAUUGCAGUUGCCAGGGCCAUUGCACCAGUUUUCUUGGAUAAAGAUAUCUUUUCCCUUCAGACCUUGCAACAUGUAAUGAGGAUGUCUCGCACGUGGGACUCGACCAUGUCCAUGAUACCAAGAGGUGGGGCCACUAUUUGGGGUGAUCUUGAUUGGUCACCUGAGGAAGGUUACACUCCUAGCAAGAGAAGGCAAAGAAACAAUGACACCAAGAAUGAUAUCCAAGAAGUGAUUGAAAAUGGGAUUUCUCAAAAAAAGAGUGUUAAAUAUGGGAGAAUUAUAUCAUUUGGCAAAGAUGUAGCGGAGGCACAAUCAUCUCAUAUUGAGAGGAUUGAGUUUAGGGAUGCGGUUAAAGGUCGUAGUGUUGCAAACAGUACUUGUCGUGAUGUGUGGACAGAGUACCAUGAAAUGGGAUAUGAAGGUAUUAAAGCUGUUGCAGAACAUAAGGUUUAUGGCACGGGAUCUCUUCUAGAUCUGCUUCAUUUUGUAGCCCCAAAAAUGAUGGAGCGUGGUAGCGCUCAUUUCUCUUAUGGAAUUGCUGAGAACUUGGAUGAUCCAAAGUACAAUCACUACAAAUAUUGGUCAAACCCCCUGGAAACAAAGUUACCCAAUGCCCCAGAAAUGGAAAUUUUUUCAAUGUAUGGAGUUGGCAUACCAACAGAAAGAGCUUAUGUUUACAAGUUAUCUCCUUCUGCUGAAUGCUACAUUCCAUUUCAGAUAGAUACAUCAGCUGAUGGGGAAGACGAAGAGAGCUGUUUGAAAGAUGGAGUUUACACUGUUGAUGGGGAUGAGACUGUUCCUGUUUUAAGUGCAGGCUUCAUGUGUGCUAAAGCUUGGCGCGGGAAAACCAGAUUCAAUCCUUCAGGAAGCCGAACAUACAUUAGGGAGUAUAAUCAUUCUCCUCCAGCAAAUUUUCUGGAGGGCCGGGGCACUCAAAGUGGCGCCCACGUUGAUAUAAUGGGAAAUUUUGCUUUAAUUGAGGAUAUAAUGAGAGUUGCAGCUGGUGCUACAGGAGAAGAGCUGGGAGGUGAUCAAGUUUAUUCAGAUAUCUUUAAGUGGUCUGAGAAGAUCAACUUGCCAUUGUAAAUGCAAGGUAGUGCCUAAAAUUUUUAACAUUAGAGUAUUUUUCUCUUGGCUGUAGCCAUUUGAGGUUGCCCAACUAAGCUUUCAUCUGGUCUCUUAUCCAAAACUCAUACGGAAGAAAGCUGCAAAGCUGGCUGCAGCACAGCAGAUUUCGCUUUGAUGUAAAGUUGAGCUGCAUCUGUUGUUGUUGCUUUUAUUAGGAUAAUCACUUGAUAUACAUUUCUGUACUUUUUACCUGGAAUUUUUAAAAUUGAAAAUUAUAUACUUUAGCUUGUCUUUGGAAA